AUGUUGCGUAUAUUAUGCUAUCUAUUGAUAACCACUUAUAUUCUUUUGGCAACUGCCGCCUUACCAAUUGCAGUUGCUAAUAAAAAAGAUUCGAAAUUCUGCUGUAAAUGUACUGUGGAUGAAGAUGAAAGCACAGGUAAAGCUGCUACCAAUUUAGGAAUUGGUCUCAUCAAUACGGUCAAUGUGAUGACACAUUCUCUAAUAGGUGCUGGUUUGGUGAUACCGCCGGUGCAAAUUCGUGUACCUCAAGCACACUUUCCUGCAUUAUUCAAUAUCAUACCACAACAAUCAUAUAUGUUUUACCACUUUGAACCGUUUAUCAAUCUGCAACAACCAAAAGUUAGCACACAGUGCUGUGUGCCAUGUCCGGACGGAAAUGGUAUUUGUUGCUGCACACCGGGCGCAACGACAGCAGCGCCUCGUGAUUCACACACCUCGCACAUCACUCCCCAAGCCGGAGCAGAAGUACCGCUUAAAAGCACUUCAUUACUUGUUGGCAUAGUAAUACUGCUCCUUCUCGACUACAUUUUAUGA